GAUAGUCAAUUGAUGAUGCGCCUGUGUGUGUGUUUGUUAAAGUGCGAGUGGAAAUUGUAAACAAAGAUUUUCAGAAAAACAACAAAACAAAAACUCAAUCAUCAUCAAAAAGCCAACAACGAAGACGACGACGACGAUAAUUAAAGCAUCGUCUCUUCUUUUCUUUUUUGCUGAUCAAUUCGAAAAAAGCGAAUUCGGUGCGAUCAAAACGUUUGGAUUUUUUUUUUGGAUUUUCGGAUCAUUCGAAUGGAUGGAUGGAUAAACAGAAUUGACCCGAAAAAUUACGAACGUCAUUUUUUUCAUUGAAAAAAUAACCCCUGAAGAAAAACGAAGAAAAAAAAUAUUUUUCUCUCAAAAUUGAUUCCAAUCGAUUAUGGCAUUUAGUGGCCAUCCACAAGUAGUUGAAUUUUUUCGUUUGGUCGAUAAUAAUUCAUCUGUAUCAAAUAAUUUAUCAUUAGCUGCAGCAUUUGCUAGAGUUGCACGUUUACCACAUAGUAUAUUUCGUUCAUCAUCAUCAGGUGGUUCAUCAUCAUCAUUAAUUGGCGGUAACGGCGGUGGUGUUGAUAUUAAUUCAAUCAAUACGGAAACAUUUAAUAAUACAAAUUUACAGUUAAAAUUUUGUCCACAACGUUUAGCAACAAUGGGUACAAUGUCCGAUAUACGUGCAUUAGAACAUCAAACAAUCAAGGUGCCAUAUGAAAUAUUGAAUAAAAAAUUCCGUAUGGCACAGAAAAAUAUUGAUCGUGAAGCAUCACAUGUACAAUCAUCAAUUUCUGAAUUGGAAAAAUUGGUUAAUCAAUCCAAAGAUAAUAAUGAUGAUAAUAUUGAUGAUGGUGAUGGUAAUGUUGAUGGCAAUGGUGAUGGUAAUGUUGAUGAACCAGUUACAAUUGGUCGUAUCAAUGAAUUAUUGGUUGGUGUUGUAAAUAAAUUAUCCGUAUUGAAACGUAAAUCAAUUGAAUCAAUAACGGAUGAAAUAAGUGCUGCAAAUGUUUGUAAACGAAGAUUAGAUCAUCUUAAAGAAUAUUAUCUAAUGAGUAGUAAACAACAACAACAACAACAGCAACAAUUAAAUCAACAAUUACGGAAUAAUCAACAACAAUCGGAUCAAUCGCCAACAACAAUAAUAAAUGAAAUUGAUGAUCCAGCCAUUGUACAAUGGAAACGUAAACGUAUGGAUCGUAUGCUUGUUGAUCAUUGUUUACGUGCUGGUUAUUAUGAAACAGCCAUACAAUUAGCUGAAUGUUCUGAUAUUGAUAAUCUAACAAAUAUUGAUAUAUUUUUAGUUUGUAAAGAUAUUGAAUUAUCAUUGGCUAAACAUGAAACAUCACGAUGUUUAUCAUGGUGUCAUGAAAAUAAAUCUAAAUUAAGAAAAAUUAAAUCAACAUUAGAAUUUAGUUUAAGACAACAGGAAUUUAUUGAAUUAAUACGUUCGGAACAACGUGUAGAAGCUGUUCGAUAUGCACAGAAAUAUUUUUCCAAUCUUGAAGAUCUUGGUGGUAUAACCAUAUCGAAUGAUUUAUUACGUGUUAUGGGUUUAUUAGCAUUUCAAUCAAAUACUAAUAUUGAACCAUAUAAAUCAUUAUUUGAUUUACAACGUUGGCAACAAUUAAUUCAACAAUUUCGUCAAGAAAAUUUUAAAUUAUAUCAAUUAACAAAUGCAUCAAUAUUUUCAAUAACAUUACAAGCUGGUUUGUCAUCGCUGAAAACACCACAAUGUUAUCGAAAAGAUGGUAAUCGUAAUAAUGAAUGUCCAGUUUGUUCAGAAGGUUUAAAUAAAUUGGCAUCAUCAUUACCAUGUGCACAUUGUUCACAAUCACGUUUAGUUUGUUUUAUAUCGGGUGAACCAAUGAAUGAAAAUAAUCAACCAUUAAUGUUACCAAAUGGUUAUGUUUAUGGUGAAAAAUCAUUAAGGAAAAUGGCUGAUGAUAAUGAUGGUAAAGUUACUUGUCCACGUACAAAUGAAUCAUUUAAUUUUAAAGCAAUUGAAAAAGUUUAUGUUAUGUAAUUGCGGAUGAUGAUUUUUGUCUCUUUUUUUUUGGUUUUCACAUACGGCCAAAUCAUACUUUUCAUUUUAAAAUAAUCAAUAGUGUCAGGAUUUUUCUUUUCUUUUUUUGUUUGUUUGUU